UUCAAUUGCCCCCCAAAAAUGAAACAUAUAUUUAAAAAAACAUCUGUGUUAUUAAUAUACCUUUUAAAAAGUUAAAAGUAUUUGCAUAUAUAUUUGUGUUUUGUUUUGAUCUAUUUUUCAUAUGUUGCUCCUAUUUGUUGACGACAGUGUGACACAGUCAGCAAAUAUUUGAUAUUGGACUGGGUACUGUAAGCAUUUAUUGAUGCAGGGUGGGAUCAGUCAUGCGUGAGAGGCGGUAUUUCAGGUCAGGAAGUGUGUCGUGUCUCCCCAAGGACUCUGCUGCGUGCUUGACUUCCUGUCAGAUGGAGGAAGUCAACUAUGUUCAUGUUAAAGCGCGAUCCAUGCAGGAGAUGUGACAAGUGUGCUGCUGCUCGUCGCCAUGUCCAAGAAGACGUGUCUCCCGGGAAGCAGAUGGGACAACCUUGUCAACCAUUGCGUUCCCUUCAGCCUAGAGACCAGACCUCAACCUCACACACCAACAGAGCUCAGCCCCAUAUUCACACCUGCAGACAUCCACUCUGACCCGCUGACGGCCCUGAGUCCGGUGCUGUGGGCGGUGCUGAUGUUGACCACCCUGGCCUCCAUCUUGGCUCUGCUCGUCUGCUUUGUGAUGGACAGACGCCAGAGCAGACUACGCACAAGCUCGGAGCAAACAGAAGUUGAAGAACAGCCUUCGGCCUCCAAGAGCAGCAGCGCCGCUACCGGAGCCCACCAUCCUCAUCCUCAUCUUCAUCACCACCAGUGGCGUGACGGACUCCACCAUUGUGACUGUCCGGGGUCAGGGCGACCAGCCCGGGAGGAAGGAGGCGUGGUGGUGUGCUGGCCGGCCGGGGAGCACAGAGUUCCACUUCCUGCCACAGAGCUGGGGGACACCGCCUUGGUGACCACCAAGACUGUGUAGAAGAAGCUCACUUCCUGCCACAGAGCUGGGGGACACCGACUUGGUGACCACCAAGACUGUGUAGAAGAAUCUCACCUCCUGAAGACCUCACUUCCUGCCACGGAGCUGGGGGACACCGCCUUCGUGACCACCAAGACUGUGUAGAUGAAGCUCACUUCCUGAUUACCUCACUUCCUGCCACGGAGCUGGGGGACACCGCCUUGGUGACCACCAAGACUGUGUAGAAGAAUCUCACCUCCUGAAGACCUCACUUCCUGCCACGGAGCUGGGGGACACCGCCUUCGUGACCACCAAGACUGUGUAGAUGAAGCCCACUUCCUGAAGACCUAACUUCCUGCCACGGAGCUAGGGGACACCGCCUUGGUGACCACAAAGACUGUGUAGAUGAAGCUCAUUUCCUGAUUACCUCACUUCCUGCCACGGAGCUGGGGGACACCGCCUUGGUGACCACCAAGACUGUGUAGAAGAAUUUCACCUCCUGAAGACCUCACUUCCUGCCACGGAGCUGGGGGACACCGCCUUGGUGACCACCAAGACUGUGUAGAAGAAGCUCACUUCCUGCCACAGAGCUGGGGGACACCAACUUGGUGACCACCAAGACUGUGUAGAAGAAUUUCACCUCCUGAAGACCUCACUUCCUGCCACGGAGCUGGGGGACACCGCCUUCGUGACCACCAAGACUGUGUAGAUUAAGCUCACUUCCUGCCACGGAGCUGGGGGACACCGCCUUGGUGACCACCAAGACUGUGUAGAAGAAUCUCACCUCCUGAAGACCUCACUUCCUGCCACGGAGCUGGGGGACACCGCCUUCGUGACCACCAAGACUGUGUAGAAGAAGCUCACUUCCUGCCACAGAGCUGGGGGACACCAACUUGGUGACCACGAAGACUGUGUAGAAGAAUUUCACCUCCUGAAGACCUCACUUCCUGCCACAGAGCUGGGGGACACCGCCUUGGUGACCACCAAAACUGUGUAGAAGAAGCUCACUUCCUGCCGCGGAGCUGGGGGACACCGCCUUCAUGACCACCAAGACUGUGUAGAUGAAGCUCACUUCCUGCCGCGGAACUGUGGGACACCGCCUUGGUGACCACCAAGACUGUAUAGAAGAAUCUCACCUCCUGAAGACCAAACUUCCGGCCACGGAGCUGGGAGACACCGCCUUCAUGACCACCAAGACUGUGUAGAUGAAGCUCACUUCCUGCCACAGAGCUGGGGGACACCAACUUGGUGACCACCAAGACUGUGUAGAAGAAUUUCACCUCCUGAAGACCUCACUUCCUGCCACGGAGCUGGGGGACACCGCCUUCGUGACCACCAAGACUGUGUAGAUUAAGCUCACUUCCUGCCACGGAGCUGGGGGACACCGCCUUGGUGACCACCAAGACUGUGUAGAAGAAUCUCACCUCCUGAAGACCUCACUUCCUGCCACGGAGCUGGGGGACACCGCCUUCGUGACCACCAAGACUGUGUAGAAGAAGCUCACUUCCUGCCACAGAGCUGGGGGACACCAACUUGGUGACCACGAAGACUGUGUAGAAGAAUUUCACCUCCUGAAGACCUCACUUCCUGCCACAGAGCUGGGGGACACCGCCUUGGUGACCACCAAAACUGUGUAGAAGAAGCUCACUUCCUGCCGCGGAGCUGGGGGACACCGCCUUCAUGACCACCAAGACUGUGUAGAUGAAGCUCACUUCCUGCCGCGGAACUGUGGGACACCGCCUUGGUGACCACCAAGACUGUAUAGAAGAAUCUCACCUCCUGAAGACCAAACUUCCGGCCACGGAGCUGGGAGACACCGCCUUCAUGACCACCAAGACUGUGUAGAUGAAGCUCACUUCCUGAUUACCUCACUUCCUGCCAUGGAGCUGGGGGACACCGCCUUGGUGACCACCAAGACCGUGUAAAAGAAGCACACCUCCUGAUGACCACAACUUGGAAAAGCAAGCCGCUGACUCCUCAAACAGGGAAGUGCUAAGUUCUUGUCUUCAAACUUUCUUACAUUAGCCUUCGCUGAUUCCUGCUGUGGCCUUUCUAAAUAAAAUUCCCAGAAGACAGUGUCCCAGGCGUGUAGGCCCCUCACUUCCCCAUUUUCAUAACCUUUUCUUUCUGCUUCCAUUUAGUCUUUUCAACCGGAAGUACAAGUGAUAGAUAGGUAGGUCUUUAUUGUCAUUGCAAAAGUACAAGGAAACGUGUUAUCAACACAAACUCGUUCAAGAUGAGACAAAGAAACAGUGUACAGGUUUACAGAACAGGAACAACAAGGCGCCCCAUAAAAGAUGGGGAAAAAGGUAAAACAUUGGGGAAGGAUGAGUAAAAAAAUACAAUCUAGACUGGGCUCCUAAGGGGGUCCAGUCUGGAGUGGGAAAAAAAACCCUCCAUGGCAAAGCACAUACAUCUCCAGAUAUCUAGCAACGGAGGGAAGGGAGUGCGGGGUCAUGGUGGCAGGCCGCAGCUCUCAGGCGUUGACCAUCCUUUCCUCCCCUAUGGGAUUUGCGUCAAGGGCAUUGGAUUGGGAGGUGGGGUUUGUAUGUGUGGCGUAUAUUUUUGUGGAUACAUGUUUGUGUGUAAACCUGCAGUCUCUGUUCCAUGGCCUUGAUGUCGUGCAGCCAAUAGUCAGUCCAAAGUCAACAACAGAUGUGUGUCCAUGAGAGACAAGAAGAGAGUUUGUUGUGUCUUUGCCACACUGUCCUUCAGGAGUUUCCAAGCCAGGGAAACUAUCCAAGUUAGAAUGUUUUGUAUGCCAGUGAAAAUAACAUUUUCACUCUAAAUUGUCUAUGACUGGUCCUCAAAAACCUGCGGGGCAGACAGUCCGAUGUGAUCCAGAUACUGAGAGCAUGUUCCUCCGGUCUGUCCUUUUCUUACUUAUCCGGUUCUAAAGGGUUCGGGCCACCGAGAGGUUGCGUGCAGUGGGAAGUUCUGAUGUAGAGGGGAGGUGCUGGCUUUUCUGGAUUCUGUGGUUUGAAUGUUGCCAUCUUCGUUUGUCCAUACCUUGGCGGGGAACUUUAUUUUGAAAAGUUUGCCGACCCGGUCAGCUGCUUUUAGACAGGUCACAGCAACCUAAGAAAGUUCUUACACAAAACAACUUAGUCCGAACACAAGAAUGUAGCACCUGUGCUUCAGACACAGCCCCUCCCUGUGAACUCUGCCUUGCAACAAGAACCUUUAUUGUCACACCACUUCCUGGCAACUAAGAUGUACAUAAUCAAAUAAGUAGUGUGUAUUCAGUACAAUAUUUACAGUACUAACACUUUUUAAGGCACACCAAAAACCUGGAUUUAGCAAAGACUGGACUGAGUCGCCCACACAGCAUGAACUAUACCCUGCUGCCAUCUGGUGUCUGGGACUGGAAUUACAGUAGUGUCGAACUUGCAAAUAAAACUGAGAAAUGUGAAAAUAAAAGAAGAACAAAAACUGGA